AUGACUAGACGCCAACCAAGUAGAUGGAGGGAAGGAGUGGUUGUGAAUGUGUUCAAGAAAGGAGACAAGACUGACCCAGGAAACUACCGGGGGAUCACACUGUUGAACACAGUAGGAAAAGUGUUCUGUAAGCUGCUGAACGAUGGGAUAGUGGGAGUAUUGGAGAAGGAACAUAGCAUUAGUGAGGGCCAGGCAGGUUUCCGAAAGAAGAGGGGAAAGAGGGCGGGCAACCCGACGUACUGCUUCUUCCUGGACGUGAAAAAGGGGAAAAUGUGGAGAGUGCUGAAGAAGAUGACAGAGUGUACGAAAAGCGCGGUCAUGCUAGACGGAGAACUGUCAAAAUUCUUCGACAUUGAGCAGAGGUUCCCACAGGGUUGCACGCUGUCCCCAACAUUGUUCCAGGUGUUGUUCAUCAACGAUCUGGAAGUCGUAGAGGCAUGGAGAUUGUCUGCCAACGUUAAGAAGAGUGCCGUCAUGGUAUGCAACGAGAACAAGGAGGAACCAGUAGAACAUAGAUGGAAGUGGGGGAUCGAGGAGAUUGCAGUAGUGGACCAGUACACAUACCUCGGAGUAGAGAUCGCAAAAGACUGCUCGUGGAAUGCACACAUGUCCAAGGUAGCGGAAAAGGGCAAAGCACGAGCAGGGAAGCUGCACCCAAUACUCGCAAACCGGCACCUCGAUACACGCAUCAAAUUGACGGUUUUGAAGAGCGUAAUCGUACCGCCGCUAGAGUACGCCGGAGAAGUAUGGGAAGGAAAAAAGAAGGUACUGAAAGAACUCGAGGCGGCGCAGAUGAAAGCAGCGAAGAUCAUCCUAGGAUGCUCCAAGCGCACAAAAUGCAGCCGUCAGGGCAGAGUUGGGGAUCCAAUCCUACGGUCGGGAAGAGACGCGAAGAAGCUGACAUGGCAGUAUCGCAUGUGCGGGAUGGGAGAGAAGCGGUUGCCGAGAAUUGUAUUGGAGGCGAAGUGGGCCAACAAAAAGAGGGGUAGACAACCCACGGAAUGGGUCAAGGUUGUAGAGGACGUAUGGAAGGGGCUCGACAUCGACGAAGAUGAAACGCUGGAAACGGAGGGUCUACAGGGGUUCAAGGAGGAGAAGAUAUCUGUUGCUUGUGCCGAGAGAGAAGAACAGAAUCUAAGGAAAGAAACCAAGGAUAUGAGGUGGGUCUAGAAGUGUAUGAAAUGUUGAAGG